ACUCCCAAGUCGCCUCAUUGAAAUGAACGGACCGACCUCUAAAUUAUAGUAUAUGACAGAGAGAAGAACCUGCGAAAAAGAAUGCUGCUUUCUCCGAGGACCUUUCCAGUCAGAUGCUCGUCCUCUGCAGCCGCGCAUUUCACGUUCUUCUGCUUCGUCAGGAGUCGCAUGGACGCUAAACCCAGAACCCACUCCGGCGACGGCGAUACCCUUUUGACCUCCGCCUCCCGCGCGCCCCCGAGGCAAGUCCGCGCGGCCGACGACGCCGCGGCGAAGGGCGGGCCCAUCUCGCCGCAGGAAUGGCGGGGGUGGGGAUGCGUAUCCCCGGUGCCCGCCAUGGUCACCGAGGUCAUCGAGGACCUGAAGCUUCUGGAGGAGGACAUGGAUGCCCCCAUGAGCUUUGGCGGCACUGGUGGCAAACUCCAGGGCGAGUUCAAAGUGGAAGAGGACAAGAAGCACAGAGCAAAAUAUCAGGCAUUAGGUGACUCAGAGAUGAAACUUCAAUUCUUUGCUGCCCGACAAAUAGCAUGCCGUUUGCUUGGAAGCAGGAAUUAUCUUUGCCAAAAGUGCUGGCUCCCUAUGGAAGACUGUAUGUGUUCAAAAGUACUUCCCUGUUCUCUGUGGCAUGGUCUGCGUUUCUGGGUGUAUAUGCAUCCCAAGGACUUUCUGAGACAAAACAACACUGGGAAGUUGCUAUGGCAAUUGUUUGGAGUCGAAGCAGCAACUUUGUGCCUCUUUGGAAUUGCUGAAGACGAAGAGAUCAUGUGGAAUACUUUCAAACUCGCAGGGAAGAGUAAGGUUUGGUGCCUCUAUCCCAAUAAGAGUGCACUGACUGAAUCUGUACAGGAUACAUUCAGCAGGGCACAAUUCCAAUCCGAGAGGGCUUCCAUUGCUGAGAGAAAUGAAGAUAGAAUUUUGAAUUUUGUUCUAAUUGAUGGUACAUGGAGUAAUUCUGCUGCAAUGUUCCGGCGUUUAAAGGAGCAAGCAAAGAUCGUAUGGGGGGAAGACGAUCUUCCUUGUAUAUCUCUCGCUACUGGUGCGUCUGCAAUGCACAAGCUCAGGGUGUGCCAUCGGACAAAAACCAGUGUGUCACCAGGAGUACCAACGAUGGACGCGAGUUCAAAAUAUGACGUUGCAUCAAGUAGCCACAUUUUUACUGACGGCAGCCUCCUAGCAGCCUUAGAGAUCCUUCCAGAGGCACCUCGACAGUUAUGCUCAAUUUUCCCGGAACUGCUUUGAGCUCCAUCGCAGAGAGAGAGAGAGAGAGAUGGAGAAACAGAUUCAUUUUCAUUUUUUUUUUUGGUCAGAGAAACAGAUUCAUUUUCUAGCAGUUUUUUGUGUUAAAACUGAUGCUGAACUGACCAGGCUGUAUUUUGGAGGUGGUUAUACAGCACCCAGAGAUAAACAGAGUCGGGCAAUGUCAUUCUUUUGUUCCUUAAAUAAUCUUCUGUCUUGGCUA